CAAAUAGGAAAGUCGGUGGGCGUGGCCACUACUAGUUUGGUUGUGCUGGAGGUUUCUCAUCAACUUUUUUUUUUUUUUCUACGAGAUUUUUAAAAGCUAAUUUGCAAUACAUUUUCAAAACAAAUCUAGUUUUACUGGAAUGUUGUGCACCUCUACUUUCUUGUGUUUUCAUCGGGACAUAUUUUGCUAACGCUAGUCAACCAGCUAGCACUCGGAGUCUCGAGCAGACUCCAUUUUCGUUUGCAGCUGAUCGGCGGAAAGCUAGCUACUUUCGGUUGCUAGGCUAACUCUCGCUUCCAGGCGAUAACUUGUCUACCUGGCGGUACUUUCGUCGACAACAAAAGGCUCCCAGCAUGCUGAUGGUGGGAGGCAAUGGACUGCUGCACUAGAAUGAGUGUGAAGGAGUUGUGUGAGACCGAUGACCUGGCCACCAGUUUGGUGCUGGACCCGCUUCUGGGCUUCAGCACCCAUAAAAUGAACAUCAGUCCGGCACCGGAGAUCAGACGGUGGGGUAUUCUCAAGGAGACCCUGUUGCGUUUUCAGAGAACGCACGACUUCAACGCCACAUUCGAGGCGCUGACUGUCGGCGAGCUUGCAGGGGACUACUUCAACGCCCUGGGGAGCCACCGGCAGGAGCUGCUGAGACAACAUGUCUAUCGCUACCUCAGUGCCUUCCUGCUGGAUAGUGGGAUUAAGAUAGAGCCAUGUGACAGAUACUCAUCAGAGACCAACGGAGCAAAGAUAACAGCCACCAGGCACUGGUUUGUUGGAGAACGCGUGGAGGUCUUACUGGGCUGCAUAGCGGAGCUGAGCCCCGCCGACAGCGCCGUGCUGCGGGCGGGGGUCAACGACUUUAGCGUGAUGUACUCAACACGCAAGCGCUGUGCUCAGCUGUGGCUCGGGCCUGCGGCUUUCAUCAACCACGACUGCAAACCAAAUUGCAAGUUUCUCCCCGGUGAGAAAAACAUUGCCUGUGUGGAGGUGAUCCGACCCAUCUCGCCUGGGGAGGAGAUCACGUGUUACUAUGGCGCCAGCUUUUUUGGUGAAGGCAACGAAAUGUGUGAAUGCUGCACCUGUGAAAGGAAUGGAGAGGGUCACUUCAAGCACAGAGGGAAACGGCCUGAGUCCGAGGAAACAAAGGAACCCGUGGGCCAAAAGUACCGCCUGAGAGAGCGAUAUCUUCGUCAUCACAGAGAUAAAGCCCACUUUGCUUCAAGACCAAUAAUACCAGGAAUCCACUCUGGGAUCUUUACAGCCAUCCCCUCCAGGAACUCCUUCACCCAGCAGAUGAGGAGAAACGCCCUCAAGAACAAAAAACUGAACGAAACCAAGAGGUGGAGACGGGAGAAGCAGAGACGAUCGGGAAAGCACCUGCUGAAAUCCUCUGUGGUGAAACGCUGCAGGACGCUUCCAGCACUGUCCGAGGUCACUUUGAAGGACUUGCGGAUCAGAGUACGGCGCCAUUCGGUGGAGUUUUUGAUCCACUGCAAGGAUCCCAAAAGCAAAGAGAGGGCUGUGCUGCAGCAGCUGGAGGAGGUGAAGCAAAGCUGGUCCAAGAAGAUUAAAUCAGCCGGUGAGGAAAAAAACGGAACUACGGAAAAUCCGAUGUCCUUUACUUCAAAUUCCCCCAUGCCGCUCAACUUUAAUGGCAAAUCAGUCAAAGCGGCCGACAAGAAGGCCGGACAUGUGAAGAGCUGCUCAAGAGCCAAAAACAUGGUUCAUAAAACACAGCAGACCGAGUCCAGUAGCACAACAAUGGCUAACACUACAAUAGGUUGUCCACUUGCUAAGGAGGGCAAAAACCGCAUUGCAACCAAACAGGAGAACAAUGAAAAAGCAGUAACUGAAAGUCAAAGCAAUAAAGUUGAAUCUAGUGUCAGUGCCACGGCUCAAAAGCCAGAUGCCAAGCGGAAGACGGUCCAAGCUUCAUCUGUGUCUGGAAGCUUACAGGCUGUCACUAACCGAUCAGAUAAGGCUGUUGACAAUCCAGUAAUAUCCCUGAAGCAAUACGUUACAGUCAACCUUACGAGGUUAUCAAUCCAAAAACCACCAGAAGCCGAAAAAACCCAGGAAGACGAGAAAAUAUGUGUUUUAGGGAAAGCAAGUGGCCGGUCGCGUCCCAAACCUGGAAACCUGCCAAAAAAACAGGUUCUCAGGUCAGACGUCUGCACAGCUAAGAGCAAACGAGGAGCGAGGGAAGUGAUUGUCGAGGGCAAAGAUGGAACCGAUGCUCAGAAAGAGCAUGCAGCCGAAGUAGCUAGGAGUUCAUCAGAAGCUGAGAAGCAGAGGGAGGAGAGACUUAUGGAAAUAAAAACGGUGCAAACAGAGCAGCAGGGAGAGAAAAGAGACCCUCCAUUAACUGCUGCUAAAAGUGAAGCUAAAAAAGUGAAGAGAGCAGACGAGGCUGAGUGUAAAGUGGUGCUGAAUGCAGCAAAUAAAGGACAGAAUAACAUUCAGCCUGUGAAAAAAGCAGAGAAAGAAGCAGUGAAGCUAACAGGACAGAUAAAGAGGAGUUUGAUUUAUCGUCAGGAAGAUGUGGUUAUAAAACAAGCAAAGAUUCUACUGUCAGAUAUAUUAAGACAAGAUAAGUCUUUUUUAGAUCAGAAGAUGCAGAAAGUGACGAACAGAGGUAGGUGCAAUCGUUCAGCUAAGGGGAGGUUCAUAAAAGGAGGGACGCCGAAAAUGAAAGCAGACGAGAUGCGAAGCAGCAGGGAAAGCCCAGGCCAAGAACCACCAGCUUCUGUCGGGAUGGACUCAAGUGAGAAAAAGUUUGAGAAAAGUUCAAUCCAGUCUGAGCUCAAGAACAGUGAGCCUCCGGCCACCUCCCUCGACUCACUACCUCACAGGCCUCCUGUAUCAGCUAAAACUCAGCUUCAACCAGAAGCUAAUCCUCAGUCUAACAUACCUCUAAAAAAACGCACGUUUCGCAGCUCUGUGGAGAUCAACCCCGAGCAAAGUUUGGUGUCUGCCUCCGAUACAUCUCAGAAAAUCGCAUCUAAGAUGAUGUCACCUCCCGCACCGCAACAGAACCCGUCUGAAUCUUCAGGAGAAAGCAUCAAAGUCAAAAAAGAUAAUAAAUCCAAGGCAGCUCCCAGAAAGAUCCAGAAACAAACCUCUGUUAGAAGAAUACUUCGGUCCAGAUCUAACGAAUCCCCACGAGGCCCCCUGCUGAGAAAGGCCCGGAAAUGUAAACUAGAAAAACAGGAUGAGGAGGAUACCAACAAGGUUCAGGAUGAUAACCCUGCAGAGGACACACCCAAGAUCCAACAAAAGGAACCGCAAACUAACAUGGAAACAUCUUCCCCUGAAGACAACAGCUCUGAGGAGACCAAAGCAGGCUUUGAUUUUAAGAUCCGUCUCAAGAGGAGAAGAGGGAAGGUGUGGGACGUGCAGGGCGAGAAUAUGCUACUUAAAUCGGAAAACAAUGACGAUUCAACAGCAUGUGAUCCUUUUAAAGCUAUCAUGGACUCUGUGUCCGUCUUGAACCGAGAGAUGGAGGCUCAUGUUCAAGCAAGUCAGAAGUCCAAGAACCGACUGCAGCGUUUAAUACGAAGAAAUGGCAAAAGUCACAAAAAACAGGCUGUGCUCUGCUCCACUGAAGGCCAAUCAGACGUGGUUCAGGAAAGUAAAUGUGAGCGAAGUGAAUGUCAUGAUGGGAAAAACGAAAUCAAAGAGAAAUCAGAAAGCCAACUGCUGCUAGAUCAGUUUUGCGAUAAAGCAGAGAGUCUGAACGGUGCCAAGGAGAUGCUUGUAGAAACUAAAGUGGAGGACCGUCUUUCCAAAAGCUGCUGCCUGUUUGCGAAUGCAUCCCAACAAAAGCUGGAGCCAGAACUGGGUUCAAACGGUCUUCCACUUCCGAUUCUCAAACUGCGGAGGAAGAUGGAGGACAUUUGGGAGGUGGACAGUAAAAAGGGGCUCAUCCCGCCAGACCUAACAGCUGAUGCUAAUUUAAAGAGGGAGGUGAAAAGUCACAUUUUAGGAAAACCCAAGAAAGGUCUCUGUGAUUAUGGAAUGUUCAAAGAUGAGAGUCAGUCUAAUCAGAGACUCGACGGCAAUCUUCCUUCUCUGAAAACAGAACCACCGCCGUUUUCACUGUCUCUUUCCCCGCUGACGCUGUCUUCUCCUCUCAACGAGACCAAAACGGAAGCUGCGUCUUCGGCUGGGGAGCGAGUCGCAGAAAGGUCAGAGACAAACAGCGGAGGGAGGAAACAGAGGCUUAAAGUGGACAAACAGCGCAAGAGCAGCCUGGUUGAAACGCCCACCACUUGUCUGAGUCACACACUCCAGCAAAUUGACAACAGCCUCUCCAGGCUCUCUGAAGGCUUGUGUUCAUCUCAGACGCUGGAAAAGCCUGCGCCAUCCUGCUCCAGCGCUUCCAGCUCUGUGAUCCAGACCCCGUCUCGGUCUCCGCCGUUCCCACCCGCAGACAACAUGCUGUCUGCCGAACCGAGCUUCACCAACUGCUGCGAUGACAUCCUGGACUUCCAGUGCCUCGACUUGGAGGGGUACGAUCAGCCGCAGAAUAUGCUGCCAUCCUCCCCUUCAGACCUAUGCUCCCUGGAUCCACCCACCGACCCCUUCAGCAGCCCCCUCUCCCACAGCCCAGCUGACACCUGGACUACCGAAACUCCCUAUCUCGGUCCCCCCAGUCCUGGCAAUAACUUUACCAAUGAAGAUUUGCAGUUUUUUCCAGGCUUGGUUUCUUCCAAGGGUGACUCUGUUCAGUUGGAAUGUGAAGCUAAGGAAGCCCCCAAAGACAGAGCCAACUCCGGUUUUGGUUUUUCAGCCUCAGUAAACUCUGACGGUGUGAGCAAAGAUCGCCUUAUGAGCAAAAAUCCAGGAAUGAGGCUCUCCAAAGAGGACUUCAGAACUCAACAGUCCUUGUCUGUCGCCAGCAAGCCUCGUAUUUUCAGCGGAACCUCGUCUCAGAAUCCCAUCUCUUUAAGCCAGCCUUCCAUCAGCCUCAAGCCCAGCACCAGCCAAUCAAAAACCCAGCUCGGCCUCAAAACGCAGGGCCCGUUCCAUCGCAUGAGCAUUCCAAGUAAAUCCCAAUCAUUUCCAAGCAACCAGCAGAACACUGUCAGAGGAGCACAAAUGUCUAACAGAUUCCUUUCCCCACCGCUCUUCUCCACAAAAAAUCCCAAUCCUCCUGAAAGUCAAUUCAACUUCCAGGAAAAACCCUCUACGGUUAUCCACAGGGUUCUGAAGUUUCAGGGAGGGAACCAGACCCAGAACCUGUACAGCGCGCCGUGUAAGGACUCGGUGGCCUCUGAUGCCUCGGCUGCAGGCCCCAGGCUCACUGCGAGGCCUGGUCCUUUUGAAAAGAUUCAGCAGAGUCACAAGUUUGUUGAAAACAUGUCUCAGAAAAGCAGUAUUUCAUUUCAGGGGUUCGGAAAGGAGUUUGGCCAUCUUGGGUCCUCAAGCAAUGACUCUAGGCCCAACCUUCAGUUCAGCAGACCUAAUUCAUCUGUUUCACAUUCUUUUGGUAAAAGUAAGAUGGCGUCUGACAAACAGGGCGCCGAAACGAACAUGGGAUACAAAAACUUUUCUGAGCUACCCAGGCCCUUCUUUUUUCCCAGCAAAGGGCCCGACUGCUUCACGUCCCCGCAGGACAAAAGUUUAAAACAUGACAAAACCUCUGACAAACACCAGCCUUGUUACACGCAGCAGGACGCCUAUGAUUUCAGUUACAGCUCGUCUCUCUCACCCAUCUCUCAGCAGAGCAGCCCGCAGCUGGCCCACAGCACACCUCCUGGCACACCAGCACCCAAGACUCAGCCCUCUGCCUCCUUCUCUUACGGCUACCAAGGCCCCCCCUAUGUGCUGAACUUCAGUGGAGACCACUCGCUUACCCUUGGCCUUAGGGACGGUUCUGAUGGCUACCCGGGCUCCACUAACUACACCUACCACUGCCUGAUGGAGCCCUCAGGAACUCAAGGGCGGUUGGUUCUGGAGCCAUGUGGACCCCAGCUAUCUAAUCCAUCCUCUUUGGAUGGGUUUGCUGGACUUAGAGGUCAGGAAGACCACUGCAGGAAAGACAUUCCACAGCAGUGCCAACCCGGGGAACACCAGGGCCCCUCACACUACGGAACGGUUCCUACGUCGCACUCAAUGGGGGCCACAAAACCCAAAAGGGUGCGGCUGGUUGUGACGGACGGUACAGUCGACUUAGACCUACAGUACUCGGACUAAAAUGAUCGGAUCUCUUGAAACCUUUAAAUGUGGGUGGAUGUUUUUUGUAAACGUUUUAGCUAAUAAUGUUCUGAGGGACAUUUUUCUAACCAAUUAUCGCAGUGUACAAAUGACAUGGGACAGGGUUUGAGUAAUUCAGCAAAGAAUUAUCCACUAAGAUUAGCUCAGAAUACCAAAUUCCAAAGCAUUAUGUUUAGACCAGGCAUGCCUAAAGUCGGUCCUGAAGGUUUUAGAGGCUUCUCUGCUUUAGCAGAGCUGUUUCUGAUGAUUGCAGUUCAGCAAAAGCCUUUUUCAUCAACUAUCAAUGAAAAUCAAACCUGCAGGACAGCGGCCCUCAAGGACCAACUUUGGGCAUGCCUGGUUUAGAACUACAGGUUAAGUAAAAAAAUUUUAGCAAAAGUUCGUACCCUGCAAAGUUUUCACAUCACAUCAUUUUAAAACCACAAAGCUCAAGGUAUAGUUUUGAGAUUUAAUUUUGAGAAAUUCAGUCUGAGCAGGAAAUAUCUCAAAAUCCAAUAUGGCUGCCCUGCGUAAAAUUGUUCCUUAAAAAGCCUGUUGGUGCAGUCUGUACAAAAAGCUGAAAAAAACAAAUGUUAUCUUGUUGCUGUUAGCAGUUUCAUGAUCAAGCAGGGAGUCUUUUUUUUCUCAUCCAAACCUGGAUGGGAAGAAGAUACUGACAGCUACCAGCUCUUCUUUGGUUCAGUGUACCACUAAAGGCAGCUGAAGUACCGUGAGCGGUACCUAGAACCACACGCCUAAACCAUUCCAUGUCAGCCUUAAAGUCGGUCACUGUAUUUUAGUUAAUCUAUUUUGGCAUCAACUCUCACAGCUUUUAUUACCUCUAAGGAGAAAAAAAGGUAUCCCCAUAGGAUGAUGCUCCCAACACCAUGUUUAAAAAUGGGGGAAUGUUAUCAUCUGUGGCGUUUUGCUUGUAGGCCAGAAAAUCAUUUUUUUCUUUUCUCAUCUGACCAGAGCUCCUGCUUUUGUCUUCUUCUCCAACAAUGUCUUUUUUCCUUUUUCCCUUACACUUGGACUUGUAAAGUGCUAAGAGUUAACCUGCUCUGAGAUAUUCUCUCCUUUUUUAUGUGGAUCUCUUCAGCUUCUUGCUUUGGCUAGGCCAUUCU